UUUUUCAUGUAUGUGUGUAUGUACGUAUGUAUGUAUGUAUGUGUGAGGGGCACAAUAUGGUUAAUUGGUUUCAUGAAUCUAUUAAGGUAUUGUGUAUAUUUUUACACUAAUGUUAUCACUUCGUAUCGUUUUAGGAAAGAAUAAAACCAAACUGAACAGCAUCGUUUAUUUAUGAAUAUAGUCAUCUCCGUAUAUAUCUGCUUUGUUUUUGUUUUUCCUGUUUGUUUGUUUUAUUUUUGCCAUAUUUCUUUGUCCUUAGCCCUAGACCGCAUGACUGUCUGCUGUGGUUGACCCACUCGUCGAAAACGGAAGUACAUACGAGUACACCAUCUUUGUACUCAAGUAUCUUUGGAGAAGGUAAAAAGACAUGCGCACUAGUGCUAAUAGUUAGUUCUGGCUUUCUCCACUGUCAGCUUUGGUCGGUAGGUGUGUUUUUGAUAAACAGCGCCUCUUCGUGGACAAAAAAGACCCAAAAACUGUCAGAGUGAUAUAAGGGUAUACGUUUUGUUUAAAUCUGCGGCAAUGAGAGAUAGACAACGGUUAGAAGACGGCAUGCAAUGCUGAGUAUUCCGGUUAUAACCACGAAAUAAGGCUCCCGGGCCUUGUUUUUACGUUAACCGCCGAUAAUGUGAUGCUGUGUGGCUAUCGAAGCUAUUGUUAGUUGACAAGCUAGCUGACAACAGCAGCAGCAUGGAGUGACUCUGCGGAGAAAGAAAACGCCAUAUCAUUUGCUUAUUUUAGAGUCCAUGCUAUCAGCCAGAGUAGUUGCGGUGGGUUUCACUCUACUAACGGCGGCCAAAGCAAUGACAUCUGUAGCACCAAACACAUCCUCUGAGUCCCGGGGGCUGCGUGCAGCAGCCAGCCGGGAUGCAUACUCUGGUAGUCCGCUGCAGAGGCUGCAGAGGCUGUCUGCGGUUCCCGGUUGCGUCCCGAGCCGAGUUAACGACCUGCUGCUCCUGCGGCCUGAUACAGACAAUCAAUGUACUUCGGAACCAAAGGAGAAGAGCAACAACAAACACGUCAUGUUUUUCCAUGGGGAUAUUCAGAACUUCCAGGAGGAGAUGGCUCUGCAGCCCGAGGGAGCUCAGUGGCUCUCCUGGAGUCUGGAGCAGGUGGCCUUCACCCUGGGCCGACGUUUCCCCGACCGAUACGUUUGGGUUGUCAGAGCCUCGUGCAUGUACCUCCACAAGUUCAGCUGCUACCGCAACUUUGUGGACAGCAACAUGUUCGGGGCGCCAGAGCACUCGCCGUACUCACCCGACUUUGGAGCGUUUCGCCAUCUCAGGGCCCUGCUGAGCAAUGGCAUGGAGCGAGCCAACCUCCCAAACCCCCUCGAGCCACAGGGCGGGGCUGAUAGCAUCCCCUCAGGAUUUUCACUGACGUUGGUGGGCUUCAGCAAAGGCUGCGUGGUGCUGAACCAGAUGGUGUACGAGCUGGGCGGGGCACGCGCCGACCCACAGAUGUCCCCUUUCGUCAAAUGCAUCUCGGCCAUGUACUGGCUGGACGGCGGACACCCGGGGGGUAGCGAGACCUGGGUGACGGACAAGCAGGUGCUGAAGGAGCUAGCCGCCAGCGGGGUGUCGAUUCACGCCCACGUGACACCUUACGAGGUGUGCGACCCGAUGCGGGCCUGGGUGGGCCGUGAGCAUGGACACUUCAUCAAAACCCUGGAGGAGUUCGGAGCCUGUCCAAGUAAGAAGCUGCACUUUGAGGACGAGCCCCCCUGCAUCGAGAACCACUUCAGGGUCAUUCAGGAGUUUUGAAUUUGGUUCAGAGUGGCUGUAAGCACUUCAGACACCACACACACACACACAGACACACACAUCAGAAACCUGAGCUGAUUGUUUGAACAUCACUGAGCGCUUUAGAUUACCUAUUAGAAUACAGAUUGCGUGUCUUAUUCGCUGGUCUUACCUCAAUAUUUUGGUGAUUUAAGGGCUCAGACUUUAGAGCAUGCGACAGAUGCUGGUGUGUUGUACUUUGUAUUUCCUUUCUACUGCUAAACGCACUUAACCUGAGGUGGAAUGAUCGAGUAGCCUUCCCCUUCCCUCUAAAAAAAAAACAGAUCUUGGAUCAUUUUGACAUCCAACGUCUUCCUUAUUUUAUUAUUUGACUGUUUAGGUUAAAUGUAAGCUUUUACAUUUCAUUUUGGCUCCAAAUUUGAUUUGCUGCAGAGCUGUUGUUUGAGAAACGUGAAUGAUUCAUGUUGCUUCAGUUUGAUUUUGCUUACAAAAGAAUUUCUGUAAUGAAGGUGUACGAGAGGUAGUGUAACAUUGUGACUUUAAUUGAAUUUAAAUUGAAUUCAAUGAAUGUUUGGCUGAAGCAGAGCAGCUUAUUACAUUCUCUUUCUACCUGCACUUGCGUUGAGCUACUUUUAGACACGUGAAUGUCUGAAUGUCUGAACUUGACUCUGCAGUGUCAGCUUCAGACUUCAUCAGUUGGUCUCUCAGCAGUGAUGAUUCUUGAUUGUAUUUUAACUGUGGCCAGUUAAUUAAGCCUUGGUCAGAAAGUUAAAAAUGGUUCUUUCAUUCCUACAUUGUGUAUCAGUGGUGUAUUUCCCACCAAUAAUAAUUUGCUACAUAUAUUCUGUUUAAAUGUCAGACAGCUGCACUGUAAGAGAAAAAGGAAAAACCAAAAUGUGGAAGCUUUAUUUUAGUAGUAUUAUUUAUUUUUACCUUAGCGUAUUGCUGCCACCAUGACAAAAAACAUCAACAAAUCUGUUCACUUCUCUUCAUCAGAACAGUUGAUACAGUCUCCACUCAAGGUCUGUUUAGUAGUGUGUGUUCUGGCACUCACGUCACAUGAUCUUCAUCAACCAAUGGAAUUUGGCUGCUUUGAACGUCAACUGCUGAUAAAGAUCAUGUGGACCUUGAGGCAAGAUAUGGUCAUCUGCUGUUUUAAUUUUUAAGGAUGAACUUUCAAACUUAUUGUCAUUGUAAAAACAUCAUUCUUUGACAUGAUUUAAUGAUAACAAACAUUGUUACUACAUGUCAUUUUUUUCUACUUACAAUUUAGUACAAUUACAAGUACUUACAAGUUAAUUACAACAAUUAACUUAGAAAAGUUGUAACUAGACAAACUGUAAUGAUGUUUACAAUAUUCAUUUUUUUGUUAAUGAAACAAGUUGCUUUAACAGGGUGUAUAUGUUAAUUUCCUCAAAAUGCUUUUUUCUCAUGGUUGCAGAUAUGUGUUCUCUAUACUGUACUGUUUUAAUGACUGCAGCAAUGUGCAUUACAGUAUGAAAAAAAAAUGCAGGUUGGUUUAAUCUCAACUGUAAAAAUCAAGUAACUUGUUCAGAUUAGAUUGCUGAUGACCUGUCAGUGUUGGCAGCAUGUGUAUUUAUCUCUGUAUGUUUUAUUCCAGCCUGUAAUGAUUUCUUUGUAAGCUUACAUGGCAUCUUUGCACUUUGCUGAUGGCUGCAACUCAUUUUGCUGAAUGUAACUUCAGAGCAUUCCAUUAAGUUUACUACUCGCUGUGCGUUGUGCUGUUAAAACAAAUCCCUGUUAGUCUGCAAGCAGGGCAGAUAGAAGCCUUUUUGUGCCCAACAUAAUAUGUAUCAUACAUCAUCUGCUCACUAAUCGGUACACAUUAACACUAUGCCACUUUGUUCUGGGGACGGUUAACCAGUGAUGGGGGAGUUUGCAGCAGUUACUGAAGAGCAGUUUGUUUCAGCUCUCUGGAAUCAGCAGGUGGCAGCAGUGUGGAGAAAGUAGAAAACAAAGAACUGAGGAGAAAAAACAGUUUCACACCAGACUGACUCAACAAAACACAUCAAAUACUCCAUCGGAUAUUUUCUACAAUCUUUAAUGAGCUUUUUCAGUUUGCUUUGUGAUGCCUAUAUAUUAGCCUGCAGUUGAUCAGAAUACAAUACGGAUUAUGUCUUUUUUUUUUUUUUUGUUAUUUCAGAUGCAAUCAGAAUGCUCAUACAUUAAAAAAAAUAUAUAAAAUGCAAAAUAAACAUACAUCUCUUAAACAUUUAA